AUGGAACGACAAGCACUUGAAAAUUUACCCGAACAAGAGCUCGAUGUGGGUGCCCAUGAUGUUCAGCUUGAGAAGACAUCUGGUCUAACAUUAGUUCGUGAACGGCGAGCUAAGCGAUUGUGUGGACAGAAAUUCAUUGAGCAUCUACUGGUACUCUGCAAUUCCUGCAUCCUUCCAGCAGGAUCGGAGAUCGUAAAGCGCUCUCUCAUAGAUGAAACUGCUCGUGAAACAGUGCAGCGGCUUAUGAAGCGGGAACUGUCCAUCGCCAAGAAAUGUUGUGCUGGUCAAUGCAAAAUGUCCGAACUGGAAGCCCUCUGCUGCAAGACUGGAUAA